GCGGGCCUUUUGGUUACAGGAAGUUGUGUUUUUUCUGGUUAGCUGCGCCUGAGUUUUCUAGAUGCUGAAAUUCUCCCUACUGUUUAAAGGAUGAAUGGGGAGAAAAUGGAGGUCUGUUGGACUCGCCAUCAGCAGCCCUGCGAGGACGGCAUUGCUGACCGAGUCGAAGUUCACAUCGAGGUUCAUGUCAAAUCACAGAGCACAGCGAGACGGGCUGAAAUAAGGACACACGUUUUGGCUCUGCUCGACCGACACAGCCUCAUAAUCGGCUGCUUCAAGUGGACGGAGUUUGAUGAUGACUUCCUGGCUAAAAAUGUUGAGUCUGUCGCCGUGGUGGACGUCGACGCAAAGCCUCUUGAUUUAAAGAAAAGCAAUCUGUGCAUUCACAUCUUCUCUCUGAACGAUGAUGGACCGAGCACACUCAACCUAGAGGAGGAGGAGGAGCUAUCUGCUGCCAAUCACUGGCUCCUACCAGCAGCUGAGUUUCAUGGGAUCUGGGAGAGCCUGAUUUAUGAAGAAGGAAUCAAAACACAACUCUUGGAUUAUGUUUUGACAGCAAUCUUCUUUUCGGACAAAAACGUUGACAGUAAUUUAAUUGCCUGGAAUCGUGUUGUGUUGCUUCAUGGACCUCCAGGCACAGGAAAGACAUCGCUGUGCAAAGCGCUGGCACAGAAACUCUCCAUCAGACUCUCAGGACGAUAUUCCUAUGGACAAUUUGUAGAAAUCAACAGCCACAGUUUGUUCUCGAAAUGGUUUUCAGAGAGCGGGAAACUGGUCACGAAGAUGUUUCAGAAGAUUCGAGAGUUGAUAGAUGAGAAAGAGGCCCUUGUUUUUGUCCUUAUUGAUGAGGUGGAGAGUCUAACAGCAGCGAGAAACGCCUCUCAGGCUGGAACCGAACCUUCAGAUGCCAUCCGAGUGGUCAACUCUGUCCUUACACAGCUGGACCAGAUCAAACGACAUCCAAACGUGGUGAUCCUCACUACCUCCAACGUAACGGAGAAGAUCGACCUGGCCUUCGUGGACAGAGCAGAUAUAAAGCAGUAUAUCGGCCUCCCAAGCACCCAAGCCAUCUUCAACAUCUACCUGUCCUGUCUGGAGGAGCUCAUGAAGCGGCAGAUCAUUUACCCACGGCAGCAGCUGCUGAACCUCAAGGAGCUUGAUACUUUGGACUACAUCGAGAGUGAAGUGACCGAGCUCAGUCUGCAUCUGCAGAAAAUCGCAGAGAAGAGCGUAGGCCUUAGUGGACGCACCUUGAGGAAAAUUCCCUUUUUGGCUCAUGCACUUUACACGAAGACAUCUGUGAUGACGGUCGAGCGCUUUCUGAGCGCCAUGGACAAGGCCGUGGCUCAUCAGAUAAAGCAACAGGAGAAGCUGGGUAACUGUAUAUGAGUGUAAGCUAGUGGUGAAAGGGUAUCAUUAUCUAAUGUCACUGUUCUGUCCGUCACUGAUUCUACCUGUUAUGUACUGAACUUUAAUGACUUGGAUGAUGAUGAUGAUGAUGCCAUUAGCUUCAGCUUUCGUGUGUUGUCUCUUCUUGAGCACUUUAUGAGCAUAAGUUUUUUUUUUUUUUUAACAAGUUCCUCUUAACAAAGUAGUUAGUCAGGUUUGUCUUAGGUUAACUGAUAUAAUGGUUCUUCAUACGCCAAGCUCCAGGUUCUCUCCCAGCAUCACUGUUGGAUUUGUGUUACGAUGCAUGUAGGAGUCUGUCUACAAAGAAACGUGCCAUAAUGGACACACAUGAACCCUUUUUUUUUUUUUAAGUUGUGCAUGAACAAGAAAUGUUUGUUGUGAUUUUAUGUGUAUUUAAAAAAAAAAAACAGUUCUUGAUUAAAAUGUGCUGAAAAUAUUUCUUGGGACUCCAACUUAUCCUAUCACCACUAGAUGGCGUAUUAAAAAUCUGUAUUAAAACUAUACAGUGGAUAUAAAGUGUACACACCCUGUUAAAAUGAUACGUUUUUCUGAUGUAAAAAAAAACAAACAUCAGAAAUAAAUAAAUGAGAUCAUGGUACAAUAUGCAAUAAGCUGGUUGUAUAAGUGUACUCACCCUUAAAAUGCAUAUCACGGGUAAAUUCAGGAGCAAGAUCAAUGUAAUUCUAUUUUAUAUUAAACUUUGGUCAAAUAUCUGUAA